GGCCGCCGGCCCAGUGCGCUUGCGCGAAUUUGCCCCGCUUCCACCCCCCCCCCCCCCCCCACCUCCUUCAGGUAACGCCGCCGAAUCUGGUUCGCUCCGAGGGCGUAGGGGAUGGAGGGGGAGGGACUGGCAGCUGAGUUUCUAAGCCUGGAGCUUGAGCUGUGUGCCCAGCUAAAGGAGGUGAAGUUCCCUCCGCCAGUGUCCUAUGUGUACAACCCUCUCGAGUAUGCCUGGGAGCCUCAUCGGUGCUAUGUGCAAAAAUACUGCAGCUCGCCCAAGGAGGUCCUUUUCCUGGGGAUGAACCCUGGACCUUUCGGCAUGGCUCAGACAGGGGUGCCGUUCGGGGAGGUGUCAGCCGUGCGGGACUGGCUGGGAGUGAGCGGGGCGGUCGGCCACCCGGAGCGAGAGCACCCGCGACGUCCAGUUCUGGGCUGGGCCUGCGGGCGCUCUGAAGUAAGCGGCGCCCGCUUUUGGGGCUUGCUCCGCUCGCUGUGCGGCCUGGCCGGUGCCCCGACCUUCUUUGCCCGCUGCUUUGUGCACAACCUAUGCCCGCUAGCCUUUCUGGAUGGGGCAGGCCGCAACCUGACGCCGGCUGAUCUGCCCCGCGAGGUUCGGGAGCAGCUGUUGGUCAUCUGCGAGGCAUCGCUGAGGCGGGUGGUGGCGGCAUUGGGAGUGGCCACAGUGGUUGGGGUGGGUAGAGUGGCUGAGGGCCGGGCCCGCCGGGCGCUGGGCGACGGGGUGAAGGUGCUGGGCAUCCCCCAUCCCUCACCACGCAACCCCAAUGCCAACCGGGGCUGGGGGAAGGAGGCAGCUGAGCUGCUGCGGGAGCUGGGAGUGGUCACACUCACGAUGGAUGGGUGAGGGGUGUUUCCUCCCCCCCUCUCUCUCUCCCCCCUCUCUCUCUCUCUCCUCUCCCUCUCUCCCCCCUCUCUCUCCCUCUCCCCCCCUCCCCCCCUCCCCCUCCUUCCCCUCCCUUUCCCCCACCUCCCACUACAAGACCUGAAGACCUCCUGCGGUGCUGCUGAUCAGUGUCUGGUGCCCAGACUCGCCGAUUUUUAACAGUGGAUCAUUUUAUAAGAAAUACAUCCAGUUCUGACUGGGAGUCAUUGUAGCCACACCGGGCUGAUUCUAUGAUAAGCUUCUAAGUCUUUCGCGAUUUAAUUCUGUCUUGAUAAGCUAUAGCAAUGUGAAACACUUAUUGAUUUACUCACAUGUUUUAUCUUCUUUAUAAGCUAUGAUAUCAUACUGUCCCACCCCGAGGAGUGUUUCAGAGAUAGGUACAGAGAGAGAUUUCAACCUGUAUCCAACCCAUGAGUCUGCGAUGGAACGGUGUGGAGGGAGAUUCACUCUGUGUCUGACCCUGGGAGUGUGUGAUGGGACAGUGUGGAGGGAGAUUCACUCUGUCUGACCCUGGGAGUGGGUGAUGGAAGAGUGGAGAGAGAUUCACUCUGUGUCUGACCCUGGGAAUGUGUGAUGGGAUGGUGUGGAGGGAGAUUCGCUCUGUGUCUGACCUCGGGAGUGUGUGAUGGGACAGUGUGGAGGGAGAUUCACUCUGUCUGACCCUGGGAGUGGGUGAUGGAAGAGUGGAGAGAGAUUCACUCUGUGUCUGACCCUGGGAGUGUGUGAUGGGACGGUGUGGAGGGAGAUUCACUCUGUGUCUGACCCUGGCAAUGUGUGAUGGGACAGUGUGGAGGGAGAUUCACUCUGUGUCUGACCCUGGGAGUGUGUGAUGGGACAGUGUGGAGGGAGAUUCACUCUGUGUCUGACCCUGGGAAUGUGUGAUGGGACAGUGUGGAGGGAGAUACACUCUGUGCCUGACCCUGGGAGUGUGUGAUGGGAGGGUGUGGAAGGAGAUUCACUCUGUGUCUGACCCAGGGAGUGUGUGUUGGGACGGUGUGGUGGGAGAUUCACUCUGUGUCUGAUCCUGAGAGUGUGUGAUGGGACAGUGUGGAGGGAGAUUCACUCUGUCUGACCCUGGGAGUGGGUGAUGGAAGAGUGGAGAGAGAUUCACUCUGUGUCUGACCCUGGCAAUGUGUGAUGGGACAGUGUGGAGGGAGAUUCACUCUGUGUCUGACCCUGGGAGUGUGUGAUGGGACAGUGUGGAGGGAGAUUCACUCUGUGUCUGACCCUGGGAAUGUGUGAUGGGACAGUGUGGAGGGAGAUACACUCUGUGCCUGACCCCGGGAGUGUGUGAUGGGAGGGUGUGGAAGGAGAUUGACUCUGUGUCUGACCCAGGGAGUGUGUGUUGGGACGGUGUGGUGGGAGAUUCACUCUCCCCAAAUCCUUUUGUGUGACCUUGGAGUUAUGAGAAUGUACUGCUUAUUUCCAUAGAAGCUCUGUUUAACAGGGUUGUAUGACUGGUUAUUGCUUCUCCUCCACUCCCUGUUCCCUGCAGACUAUUGCUGAGUCAGUUAUUUUCCUGUGUUGCGUUAUUGCAGUUGUAUCUUGGAAUCAAAGGCUCACCAGAUGUUUGCCUGGGAGCACUGUCAUUCUGUAAUCUCCAAAAACUGCACAGUGUCAAUAAAGGACUCUCGAUUUGAAUCUGAAA